AUGGGUGUCCGUGAAGCAGAAGAGCGCGAAACACUUGAAAUUAAGUCACGUCAUGAGGUUGACACAACACGAUUGAUAGAUCCAGUUUCAAGUAGUCAACAACGUAAAGAGAAAACGACUUCCCCGAGCUCUCCCGAGAAAUCGAGACAUCCAAGUAAAAUCAACCACACGACAGCUUCAGCCUCGGUUGUUUCUCCCACGAAAAAGUCGCGAAAGUCUUCUGCAACGACCUCGACGCGAAGUCCUUCGGCCUUAUUUUCAUGUUCAUAUCUCAUAAUAAUAAUAUUAGUUGUAACUGUUCUUUUGUUGGGUGUGACCUUGGAUUCAUUUCUUCACCAUCAGAAAGACCCUAUAGGAUGCGAGGUUUCGUACAUGUAUCCGGAGUACAUUAAACAAGUUGGUUUUGAUAGUGAGCAAACACGAUUUGCGGGAAAAUAUGGACUUUAUCUGUAUAAAGAUUUGUCGUACGAUCGUGGUGAUCAACCCAUAGGAAUUCCGGCCCUUUUCAUUCCAGGAAAUGCCGGUAGCUAUAGACAGGUUAGAUCCAUAGCUUCCGAGACGUCAAAGUUAUAUUACGGGAACAGAUCGGAGCUAUGGAACAAUGGUUUAAGGUCAAUCGAUUUUUUUACAGUUGACUUUAAUGAAGAGCUUUCUGCAUUUCACGGACAUUCCCUUCUCGAACAAGCGGAAUAUAUCAACGAUGCAAUCAGGUACAUUUUAUCAUUGUACCCAUUGGUUAGAAAGAACCAACAAACUGGACCGUCCUUACAAGUUUAUCCCGAUCCUACCUCCGUGAUUAUAAUUGGUCAUUCAAUGGGAGGAGUAGUUGCAAGAACUUUAUUUACCAUGCCAAAUUAUCAACCCGGAUCCAUCAACACAAUUUUGACGAUGUCAUCUCCUCAUCUAUUACCACCCGCCCCGUUCGACUGGCAAAUAAGCAAAAUUUAUACGGACAUUAAUGAUUUUUGGAGAAACGGCUAUUUCCAAAAUUCAACUCGAAAUUCGCUAGAAGAUGUAACUUUAAUUUCAAUCGCUGGUGGAAAUUUGGAUACCGUAGUCUGUUCCGACUCGGCCAAUAUAAGUCCUCUCGUUCCUGCGUCUCACGGAUUCACCGUGUUCACCACAUCCAUCCCUAACGUAUGGACAGCAAUGGAUCAUCAAUGCAUCUUGUGGUGUGAUCAAUUGGUCGGGGUCGUUGCGAAUUCACUGUUAAGUGUUGUUGACAUCAGACGCGCAGAACAGACGAAACCAAGGCCAGAGAGGAUGUUGGCUUUUCGCAAGGUUCUCUUAGGCGGGUUCGAUGAGCCUGCCGAAGGUGGACACUAUGAACCCAAGAGGGGAUCUUUUGGAAUCAUAAAUUUGGAAAAGCUGCCUCACCGGUUUUUGGAUAUGGGAGAGAGACUUGUGUUGAACAAUUCGGAGUCAAUCCCACGAGUAUAUUUGAUGUCCAUACCACCGUCAGCGCCUCACUCUGCCUUAAACGCAUUUUCUCUUUUAACCGAUCAGUCUCUUUCUGAAGGUUCUGGGCUUGAUAUACUCUUGUGUCACGUAAUGCCCACGGAAGCGGCUUUUUUCACGCCUGCCAUUGCUCCACACAUGAAAAGAGGAAUCGAGUUACAAUUCUGGACGGACCCUACGUGUUCUGCACCAUUGUCUGUUGAUAUUGUGUUGGAUUGGUAUGGAAGUUUUGGAAAGAUGGUUAUGCGCUUCCAAACCGUUCUGGCUGCGUUUCCUUUCGUCACGAUUAUGAUGACCCUGAGGGCUCAACUGAGAGAAUAUAACAAUGGAGAACCGUUUCCGAGUUUUGUUUACGGGUUGUCACUUUUCGUUCGCCAAACAUUACCAAAGUUACUUGUUGCAGUAUCUGUUUUAUCGAUUUAUCAGUCGAUCGCUGUAUUUCCAAAAACAUAUUCAUUAGCAGAGCUAUUUAUUAUGGAUUACGUGCCCGAGGAUUUACGAAAAAUAGUCAUGGAUAGAGCUCCGCUCAACGUGUGA